GCGGGCUCUCCCCUCUUCAAAGAACGCUUCCUCUCUGUUUCUACUUCAAUUUUAUUACACACACAGCUUUUCUAGGACUAAGAAUCUAAGCAAUCAUGGUUGAGAAGAAGACGGCACCAAAGGACGAGAGCAAUGUGCUCAACCCGAAGACUGCUGCCGAGAAGCUUACCAAGAAGAACGCCAAGGACGAGCAGGAUGAGCUGUCAGAGGAGGAUCAGCAGCUAGUCAGCGAGCUCGAGCUCAUUGUAGAGAGACUGCAGGAGGCUUCGACGGAUAUCCACCGCUCAGCAUUGGACAACCUGCGCAACGUCAUCCGGUCGUCAACCAGCUCGAUGACCUCAGUACCAAAGCCGCUCAAAUAUCUGAAGGUGCACUACGAGGCGCUCAUCGGUCUGUACGAGCGGUGGACGCAUGAUGAGAACAAAAAGUACCUGGCCAGCAUUCUGUCGCUGCUGGGCAUGGCAUACGACCACGAUGGCAACCGCAGCUGCUUGAAGUACCGGAUGCUGGCCGGCAUUGAUGGGACGACAGUGGCCGAGUGGGGCCACGAGUACGUGCGGCAUCUGGCGAUGGAGAUUGGCGAAGAGUACGUGGAGAAGCACGACGAGGAGACUGAGCCUGACACGGAGUAUCUGCUCGAGUGCGCAAAGAAGGUGGUGCCGUUCUGCCUUGCGCACAACGCCGAGGCCGAUGCUGUCGACCUGCUCGAGGAGCUGGAGCGCUCUGACUUGAUCGUCGACUUUGUGAGUGAGGACACAUACCAGCGUGUGUGCCUGUACAUGAUUAGCUGCUCGCCGCUGCUGGCACCGCCCAGUGAUCGGUUGUUCCUGGAGACAGCGCGCACCAUCUACCGCAAGUUUGGACGUCCAGCACAACAGGAGCUAAUCAAGGAGGACUGGGACAGCUGCAAGUCACGCAGCGAGAAGGCACAGCUGGCGUUCAUCAUGGCUCGGCAGCAGGUGCAUAUGCCCGAACUCAUUGAUGAUGACGACGACGAGCUGCUGGCAUGUAUGAACAAUGCCAGCCUGUCCAAGAACUAUCUGGACCUGGCACGUGAGCUCGAGCUGCUCGACCCCAAGACACCUGAGGAUAUCUACAAGUCGCACCUGGAGAACCGCAACACUGACAUGCCUCUGGAUUCGGCGCGGCACAACCUGGCCUCGACAUUUGUCAAUGCAUUUGUCAACGCCGGCUACGGCACUGACAAGCUGAUGACGGCCAACGGCGACGGCAAUGAGUGGAUCUACAAGAACAAGGAGCUGGGGAUGCUUAGCGCCUCAGCCUCGCUGGGCAUGAUCAUGCUGUGGGAUGUCGAGGUUGGUCUGAACCAGAUCGACAAGUACCUGUACACCACAGACAACUAUAUCAAGGCGGGGGCAAUUCUGGCUAUUGGUAUGCUGACAUCAGCUGUGCACGACGAGACCGACUCGGCCAAGGCGCUGCUGUCGGAGUAUCUAACUGAGGAGAACAACCCUGCUAUUGUGAAGCUGGCUGCGAUCACCGGUCUGGGCAUGGCCUAUGCCGGGACCAACCGCGAGGAUAUCCUGGAGCUGCUGCUGCCUCUUGCCGGCGACACCGACAUCACCGUUGACCUGUCGUCGGUUGCGGCGCUGUCUGCGGGUCUGGUAUGCAUUGGCACCUGCCAUGGCGAGGUUGCCAGCACGAUUCUGCAGGCGCUGAUGGAGCGCAUGGACACUGAGCUCAACCACAAGUAUGCGCGGUUCAUGAUUCUUGGCUUGGCGCUGCUGUUCAUGGGAUCGCAGGAAGGCUCUGAGGCUACGCUUGAGACGCUGAAGGCCAUUGAGCACCCUAUAGGCCAGCAGGCGUCGGUGCUGGUGCAGGUGUGCUCGUAUGCGGGGACAGGCAACGUGCUUGAGGUGCAAAAGAUGCUGCACAUCUGCUCUGAGCAUCUGGGCGACAAGGAGGACCAGCUGCCGCAGGCAUUCGCUGUGCUGGGCGUUGCAUUAAUCUCGAUGGGCGAGGGAGUUGGAGCAGAGAUGUCACUGCGCACAUUCAACCACCUGAUGCACUACGGCGACGCGUUUGUGCGGCGCACAGUGCCUCUGGCCAUCGGGCUGGCGUGCGCGUCGAACCCGCUGGUCACAGUCAUCGACACGCUGAGCAAGCAGUCGCACGACAACGACAAGCUGGUGGCGGCUAACGCGAUCUUUGCUAUGGGAGUCGUUGGAGCUGGCACCAACAAUGCUCGGCUGGCACAGCUGCUGCGGCAGCUUGCGACAUACUACCACAAGGAUGCGGAUACGCUGUUCAUUGUGCGGAUUGCGCAGGGCCUGCUGCACAUGGGCAAGGGCACGAUGACAGUCAACCCGUACCACCACGACCGCUCGCUUCUGUCGCACACAGCGCUGGCUGGGCUGCUGAUUCCCAUUGUGGCCAUGACCAACGCCGAGAAGCUGAUCAUGAGCGAAUCGCACUUUAUGCUCUACUUCCUGGUGCGCGCCAUGUACCCGCGGUUCCUAAUCACGUUCGACGAGAACCUGGAGCCAGUGACUACCAGCGUGCGCGUGGGGCAGGCAGUGGAUGCCGUUGGUCAGGUGGGGCGGCCAAAGACCAUCACUGGGUUCCAGACACACGAUACACCGGUGCUGCUUGCGCACUCCGAGAGAGCAGAGCUGGCUACGGAGCAGUACAAGCCGCUGACCAAUGUGCUCGAGGGAUUUGUUGUUCUGCAAAAGAACCCCGACUAUGUCGAGGACGAGAGCGACAAGUAA